GGAGUUUUAGCCACUUGCCUUCUUGACGUAUAGCUGCUUUCAGAGAGCAGGGAGAUUGCGAAGGCCGAACUCUUCCCAAAAAUUUUGAUUUAUCAAAGAAAAGCAAGCGUUCUAUUCUUUAGACAUAAGGCUUGCAAUAGAUUGCGCCUUGAAAUUAAAGACACUAGCGCUCUCUGACAAGAACAGAGAGUAAACGUAGUAUUUCAACGACAAUCUACUUCAGCGAUAACGAUCAGAAUCAGUUCAAAAAGAUGCCCGAGCUCCACCAACGCUCACCGGAAGCGAAGCUAGAGCUUCCGAUCGCAGCAGCGGCAGAGAACCUCAAGCCUCCUGCCGAGCAAACAGCUCGCUUAGGAGCGCAAACCACUAAAGCAGCAGCACAAAGUACUACUUCCAGUGGCACAACCGCAACAUCAAACGGAGUAUCAAAGCCAAUUAUCGCAACGACCGGGACGACCAAACUCCCCACGCUCUUCCCGCUCCGCACGGUUACCUACCGGAACAAGGUGGAACUUGGCAUCGCGUGCCGCUUCGUUUUGAGCUACUUGGCCGUGUUGCUGACCGUUUUCCAGAAGCUGUUUUACAAUGAAAGAAACAACGAUAUUGGUACAUCAACGGGGAGGACAAAAACAAAUAAAAGGAGCAAGGAGAGUUUCUACUCCGAUCUGUUUUCCUUGCUCCCGGCGUCAAACAUGUUGACCAAAACUGUCCUGAUGCGCACCCACGAGCCCGCGCUGUACUUUAUCCCCUUGAUCGAGCGCAUUUUCGCGGUGGUCUUCACGAAGUGGACGCCGCGCGUUGCGAAGGAGUUUAUCAAGCAGUGCGGGGUGACAAAUUUGCUGCUCGAAGACAAGAUCGCCGGAUUCCUGGAAAAAAGAUUGGGAAAAACGCAGAAAUACAGCAACAGAGCAGGAGGGCAGAAGACGAGCAGUGCGAACGGAGUAUAUUUGGUUUAUUCAAGACGAAAGAAUGUUCUCGGGGUGUGAUCUCCUGCAUUUCGAUGCAUUUUUUCUUUGUUCCCCCCGUUGAUUUGAUAGGCGAAAGUUUUUUUUUUAGCACGAUUUGAUAAAAAGUCAUGAACUUACACUAACCGCAACCCAGACUACUUCGUCCAUUUCAUCGGCUGCGAAAAUCCAGUUGACCGUGUUCUCCUUUCCCUUCCUUUUUCUCGACGUCAUCCGCUCCUACACGCCUAAGUCCGACGGCCCGGUGGAUUUCGCGUUCCAGAUGAUCGAGAUGGUUUACAACGCUGCGGUAAAUUUCGCGACGAAAAUCUCCCCAGCAGUUUCCACCUUUCUCGCGGAGCACAUCCCCUUCCUCGUAAACGAGCAGAGCUUACGAAAAUUCGGGAAAACCUCCCACGAGUUUAAGACCUUUUUCCGGAAGGCGGUCGCGAGACACGUCUUGGCGAUCGACUUGGAGGAGGUGGAGGAGCUGCGGAAACUGUACUUGGAAAGUCCGGAGCUUGUGGUUCUAAAACCCUCGGCAGAAGACCGGGAGUACGCGAUUUUGCAGGACCGGUUCUUCAUCAAAAACAGGAAAAGCAGCUCCCGGGGUUCGACCGCAGAGUCGGGCUCGUCGGGAGUUGUAGUCGGUGUAGCAGGUCUGAAUGAGGACGCGGAGCAGAAGUAUGACGGCAAUAAUUCUUCAUCUUUGUACAAUCAGGCUGGAGUAAUAAAUGACCGAAACGCGGCAAAUGCAAUCGACGAGGAUGACGUUCUCGUCGCGGACUCUGUGGACGAGGUUUUGGAAAAUCUUGUCACGAUUAAAACCUUGCGAAAGCGCUUGGCGCAGGUUGAGGAGAAGCUCGGAAUCACGACCAGCAACAACUCAAGAAGCUGCGACACAAGUGAUGACCCACUCGCAGGAGCCUGCAGUUCUUCCGACCAGGAGAGUGUAUUCUCCGGUACGUCCAGUAACAUGGCGUCGCCAAAUCGAACAGAGGCGGUCCUCUCCGUUGCAAGUUCUUCCUCUCCGAAGCCAGAAGUAGGACCACCAUCCGACGCAAAUAAGCCGAUGAAACUCGAUUUGAAACACGUGGUCACCACGGCGGGUAGCGCGUUUGAGCAGGAAGUAGUUUUAUUCGCGGGUUCAUCGUGUUUGCAGCAGGAGGAAGCUGUGGAUUUUCAGGAAGAUGCGGAAGAGCAGGAGCAAGUGAAGCAAGAAUUCUCUUCCCGGUCUUUGAACAGCAGCAACUUUGACCAAACCGAACAGGCGACCACCACAACCGGGUCAGAUCUGGGGGAGUGAUGCGACGUUGAUGAACUGCAAGAUGAAAUUUGUAACGGAGUGGGUAGAAGUACGGCGCUCUUCUUCUACUAGCCACAGAACAAAAUUUCUUUUCAACCAGAAUUCGCCAUGAACAGCACCGUUUUUGGUCUCCAAAGAUUGUUGAUUGAUGAUGAGAGCCGUGAAAAUUUUACGGCGCGUCAUUGGGAACAAAGUUUCUAUUAGGAAAAUAUGGAAAAAAGAGAACCAAAACUUUACCGAAUCGAGACAAAUUAAGCUUUAUUGUGCCAUUUGCCGCUGGCGCUCGGGCUCGGUUGAGUACGAGCGUCGAGCCAAAUGGAGCUACGCCUAAUCAGUUCUAUUCAAAUGAAAAAGCUAAAUGUACCACUACCAAAGACGAAUUUCAACAAAUCACAUGUAGCAGUUGUCAAGCUCCUUAUUCAGAAUAAACCACCAGAUUUACUGCAGAGACUACAACACCCUGUAAAGCUUUUGGCCAAGCACAAAUUUGAAUUUGAAUUUGUAGAGGUAGCGAGGACGCAUCAAAGGAACU